AGCACAAAUUGGAGUAAAAUACAAGUGUGCCUCGUUUGUUAAAUAUGAGCUCUCAUUUAUUGCAUUUCAUAAUUGUAUUCUUCUGCAGACUCGCUUACAAGCUGGGCAUGGCUACGGAAGCACAUUUAACUGUGUCCGCACUGUAUACAAAAAUGAAGCUGUUGCUGGGUUUUUUAAGGGAAUGUCUUUUCCACUAAUCAGUAUUGCUGUCUAUAAUUCGGUGGUAUUUGGUGUCUUCAGCUGUACCCAAAGGUUCAUUUGCCAACAUCGCUAUGGGAAACCUAAUCAUCCUCCUGCACUCAUAGAUUUAACUUUAGCAAGCAUGGCAACUGGGGCUUUCUCAGUAGGAAUUGGUUGCCCAGUUGACCUAGUAAAAAUAAGGCUACAGAUGCAGACACAAACUUUUCUUACAGCCAACCUGGAAACGAAGUACAGGGCAACUGGUGUUUCAGUACAGACUGCCUACCGAGGUCCAGUUCAUUGUGUUGCCACAAUUCUUCAGCAGGAAGGUUUGGCAGGACUCUAUCGAGGUUCAACCGCCAUGUUUCUAAGGGAUGUUCCAGGAUAUUGCCUCUACUUUAUCCCUUACACAUUUGUUUCUGUGUGGAUCACUCCAGAGGAAUGUCUUUCUCCCACUCCCUUUUCAGCGUGGAUGGCUGGUGGCAUUGCAGGAAUCAUAUCUUGGGGAACAGCAACUCCUAUGGAUGUUGUGAAAAGUCGUCUCCAAGCAGAUGGGGUUUCUUUAAACAAAUACAAAGGAGUCAUCGACUGUAUCUGUCAAAGUUACCACUGUGAAGGUCUAAAAGUCUUCUUCAGGGGUCUUACAGUGAAUACAGUGAGAGGAUUCCCUGUGUGUGCUGCCACAUUCCUUGGAUAUGAACUGUCACUCAAAGCCCUAAGAAAAAAAGCAUAGACAAAUCCUUGAAUUCCAGGUGAAGCUUUGUGAUGAUAUUCCAUAGUCUGAUGCUUCUUUACUGGGUCAUAAUGAUGAGCCCAUGUUUUGUUGGCUGUCCUGAUGCUGUGAAGAAAUUUCUUAGAUUCAUUCUCGUAGUAUAAACAUUGCUAGCAAAUUUCAACUCUUGAAGCUUUCAUCUCUGCCAUCAACAUGCAAGGAACCCAUCUUGCAUAAACCUUUCAAUAUUGAAGAACAUCUAUAACGGGACCCACACAUUAUUCCUGUGAAAUUCCAAGCUUGAUAGCAAUUUCCCUUUCCCACCAAGUAUCCUUAAGCAGUAUGUCAAACUUUGUCAUAUAAAACUUAUUUGUCGCUAUCACAGGCUAUCCAUUCCAUUCUUAAUCACACAAAUCAAGUCUUCGUGGUUCACCAUCUUUACAUUUUUUGGCCCAGCAAUGCACAGUACUCAUGUGAACAGAGUCAUCACCAUAAACAAUUUGUGUUCAGCAGUGA